UGUCUCAGGUACACUCUUAAUAUGUUCCUUCGAGGCUAGAGUGUUAUUUGACACGGGGGCAACUCAUUCUUUCGUGUCGUCAUAUUUUGCUUUAAGGUUUACUAAACAACCCAUGUUGUUAGAGAGUCCUUUGUGUGUAGCUAUCCCUUCGGAUGACGUUAUGUUUGGGGAAUAUGUUUAUGUUGAUUGUGAGGUUCAAGUGCAAGGUAGAAACCUAUUAGGCAAUUUGGUAAUUUUAGAAAUAGUAGGUUUUGAUGUGAUACUAGGUAUGGAUUGGUUAUCAAGGCACCAUGCCUCAGUUGAUUGUUGGAAUAAGACAGUGAUUUUCAAGCCUGAUGAGGAGACGGAGUUUGCUUUUCAUGGAGAUGGGUUAUCAUCUCCAUCUAGUAUUCUCUCGGCCAUCACGAGAAGGAUGGUACGAAAGGGUAUGCAAGGGUUUUUGGCUUAUGUGCAUGAUGUGAACAUGAAGGUCCCGAGGAUGGAACAAGUUUCGAUAGUUAAGGAAUUCAUCGAUGUUUUUCCCAAUGACUUACCUGGACUACCUCCCAAUAGGGAAAUCGAGUUCUGUAUUGAUCUAGUUUCAGGAACAAAACCAAUCUCUAUGGCACCUUACAGGAUGGCGCCAGCAGAAUUAAAAGAGUUGAAGGAGCAGAUUCAAGAUUUGUUAGAUAAGGGGUUUAUUCGUCCAAGUGUGUCUCCGUGGGGAGCACCUGUUUUAUUUGCAAAGAAGAAGGAUGGAUCAAUGAGGAUGUGUAUAGACUAUAGACAGUUGAACAAGGUCACUGUUAAGAAUAGAUACCCACUUCCUCGCAUUGAUGAUCUUUUUGAUCAAUUACAAGGAGCUCAAUGUUUCUCAAAGAUUGAUUUGCGAUCGGGGUAUCACCAGUUGAGGAUUAGGAAUGAGGAUAUUCCUAAAACUGCCUUUAGGACUCGUUAUGGGCAUUACGAGUUCCUAGUGUUGUCUUUUGGGUUAACGAAUGCACCUGCAGCUUUUAUGGACAUGAUGAACAGGGUUUUUAGGCCGUUUAUUGAUAAGUUUGUUAUUGUGUUCAUUGAUGACAUCUUGGUGUAUUCAAGAAGUAAAGAGGACCAUGCAGAGCAUUUGAGAUUGGUGCUUCAAACUCUAAGAGAUCAUCAGUUGUAUGGAAAGUUCUCGAAGAGUGAGUUUUGGUUAGAGAGUGUUGGGUUUUUGGGACAUGUGGUGUCUAAAAAUGGGAUAGAGGUUGAUCCACAGAAAGUGGAGGCAGUUAAGCAGUGGCCUAGACCAGUUACGGUAUCUGAGAUUAGGAGUUUCCUGGGUUUAGCAGGAUACUACAGGAGAUUCGUGGAGAAUUUUUCCCGAAUCGCUGCUCCGUUGACGAAGUUGACACAGAAAAGUGUCAAGUUUCAAUGGUCAGAAGAAUGUGAGAAGAGUUUCCUGGAGUUGAAGGAAAGGUUAAUUACGGCUCCAAUUUUGACAGUACCUUCAGGGUCUGGUGGUUUUACCGUGUACUGUGAUGCAUCCAGGAUUGGUUUGGGUUGUGUUUUGAUGCAGAAUGGUAAUGUGAUUGCUUAUGCCUCGAGAAAGUUGAAGAAGCACGAGCAAAAUUACCCCACACACGAUUUGGAGAUGGCUGCGGUAGUGUUUGCCCUUAAGAUUUGGAGACACUAUUUGUAUGGGGAGACAUGUGAGAUAUUUUCAGAUCAUAAGAGUCUUCAAUAUAUCUUCCAGCAGAAGGAUCUGAAUUUGAGACAGAGAAGGUGGAUGGAAUUGUUAAGUGAUUAUGAUUGCACGAUUCAAUAUCACCCGGGCAAGGCAAAUGUUGUUGCCGAUGCCUUAAGCAGAAAAUCUAUGGGUAGUUUGGCUCAUAUUCAGGAGGUGAGGAGACCCUUGAUUAAAGAGUUACAUGGAUUGUUAGAUGAGAGGGUCAGUUUUGAGAUUUGUGAAUCGGGAGCAUUGUUGGCUCACUUUCAGGCUAAGUCAGACUUAGUAGACCGGAUUAAAGGAGCUCAAAUGAAGGAUGAGCGACUUUGCAAGAUUCGAGAUGAGUUGGAGUUAGGGAGAGCUCCGGGUUUUGUUAUCCAUGAAGAUGGUGUGUUGAGAUUUGGUUCCAGGUUAUGUGUGCCUGAGGUGGAUGAUUUGAAAAGAGAUGUGAUGACGGAAGCACAUCAAACUGCCUAUACUAUACAUCCUGGUUCUAACAAGAUGUAUAGAGACUUGAGAGAGUGUUACUGGUGGAAUGGCAUGAAGAGGGACAUUGCUGAAUUUGUAUCUCGAUGCUUGACCUGUCAAAGGGUUAAAGGUGAGCAUCAGAAACCACCAGGGCUUUUGCAGCCAUUGUUAAUUCCUUAAUGGAAAUGGGAGAGGAUCACUAUGGAUUUUGUGUCAGGUUUGCCUCGGAGUCAGGAGGGUUAUGAUUCGGUUUGGGUAAUAGUUGAUCGUUUGACCAAGUCAGCUCAUUUCUUGCCAGUAAAGGUGACAUAUGGGUUUGCAAAACUGGCAGAAAUCUAUGUUAACGAGAUCGUAAGGUUGCAUGGUGUGCCGAUCUCAAUUGUGUCCGACAGAGGUCCACAAUUCACUUCUCGAUUUUGGGUGAAGUUUCAGGAAGCUUUGGGGACUAACAUUCAGUUAAGUACUGCCUUUCAUCCUCAAACAGAUGGACAAUCUGAGAGGACUAUACAAAUUUUGGAGGAUAUGUUAAGAGCUUGUGUGAUUGACUUUGGUAUCGGAUGGAGCAAGUACUUGUCUUUGGUGGAGUUUGCGUAUAAUAAUAGUUAUCAAGCGAGCAUUGAUAUGGCUCCAUAUGAGGCUUUGUAUGGCCGGAAGUGCAGAUCACCUGUAUGUUGGUAUGAGGUUGGUGAGAGGAGAUUAAUGGGUCCCGAGUUAAUACAGAUUACUUCGGAUAAGAUUAAGGUGAUCCGAGAUAAGCUUCUAACAGCUCAGAGUAGGCAAAAGAAUUAUGCAGAUAAGAGAAGGCGUAAUCUAGAAUUUUCAGUGGGUGACAACGUGUUCCUAAAAGUCUCUCCGACUAAAGGGAUAUUCAGAUUUGGGAAGAAAGGAAAGUUGAGUCCUAGGUUUAUAGGGCCCUUUGAGAUCUUGGAAAGAGUAGGGGUAGUGGCAUAUCGGCUUGCCUUGCCACCUAAUUUAUCCUCUAUACAUCCGGUGUUCCAUGUUUCGAUGUUGAGAAAGUAUUUGUCUGAUCCAUCUCAUGUGCUGGAAGUUCAACCGGUUGAGCUGAGGAAAGAUAUGACAUAUGAAGUUCAACCAAUAAAAAUAGUGGAUCGACAAGUUAGAAAACUUCGGUCGAAAGAUAUCGCAUCGGUUAAGGUUGUGUGGAGCGGACACCCACGUGAAGAAGCGACGUGGGAGCUUGAGGAGGAAAUGCUCAACAAAUAUCCAUUCUUGUUUGAACUUGAUGGUAAGACUUUUUCUUAAAGUUUAAGUUUCGAGGACGAAACUUUUAUAAGGUGGGGAGAUUGUGAUGUUUUGAAAUUUAAUGAGUUGGUAAAAGGCAAUAAAGCCCUUGAAGGCUAAAAAUGAGUAUAAAUGAAUAAGGGGUAUUGUAGUAAUUGAACAAAGAGUUGAUAAAUAUAAAUAGAAGAGAAAAUAGAAGAAGAGAGCUGUGUUUUAAGAGUGAAAACUGACGGGAGAAGAGAAGAAAAAGGGGAGGAAGAAGAAGAGAAAAGAGGGAAAGAUAAGUAAAAGAGAAGAGAAUUGGAGGAAAUAAGUUUAAAGGUUCUCCUAACGAUCCUCAAUAGGAUUUUCGGGUCUUUCGUCUGACAUUCCUUUUAGUUCUAUAUUUUCCGGGUUCUUAGUUUCUGAUAGCAGGUGAACUUUGUUGAGUGUUCCUGCUUCUUCAGUUUUGGGUCAGUAUGCCUUGCUUAUCUUUCAAGGCUGUUUGAUUCGAUGUCUUAGGCGCUCCACUAUUACCUUGUUUUAAUUAAGUUUGGAUUUUGACAAUGUAAUGAGUAUUAUGGAUUAUUAUUUUUGUUUUAAUUACUGAUGAGGAGUUUUAAACUAUCUUUUGGUUUCAUCAGUUUUGAAUAAUAUAAGAUUUCUGAAGAUUAUGAAA